AACCUGCAGCUCCCCCUGUCCCUGCUGGUGCCCCUCACUCCUGACCCGCAGCCCCUGCCCCACACUCUGGACCCACAGUCCCCUGCCCCUCGCUUCCAAGCCACAGCUCCCUGCUCCUUCCGUCCCCCGGCUGCCCACUCCUGCAACCUUUUUCACACAGUGGGCUGCUGGCUACAGCUCGGCCCCCUCCACGAGUUGCAGCCCCGUGCCCCAUAUUGAUCAGACACCGCUGCAAGAGGAAUGGAUAGAAAAAGGCAGGUGGUAGGAUGGUGGGGAUGUCUUCUGUGCUGAGGCAAAGAAACUAAACUGAACCUGGUAGGUGUCAGGACCCUCGGGACAUCUCCUCUGCCCCCAGGCGGCCAGACGUUUCCCAGGUGCCUGCACAUCUCCUCCCAGUGUCUGCAGGCACCUCUGCCCUCACACAGCUGAUCGCAGACAUUUGAUUAGAUUUAAAAAACCCGCCCAGACAGAGAUUGGAGGAUCAAAAAAGAGGACAUGUCCGGGAAAACCUGGAUGUAUAGUAACCCUAUAAUGAGGGUCCUGUAGUGUAAUUGGUAACUGCUAAUCCUGAGUCAAGGUCUUCUUUGUGAACUGUAGGGAACGCUAAUGUGGGGGGAGCCCUGAUGCCAGAGAGAGUCUGUGGGGCACUAUUGGUGCCUGCCACUUUAAGGGCUCAGAGCAGGCAGCUGAGUGGCUGGCAGGUGCAGGCCCCGCCCCCAUGAUGAGGCAGUCACAUGACUGCAGGCGGGCCAUGGGAUUGGAAGAAGAGGCUGAGUAGCCUGCAUUUUGACUCAGGGCUGAGGCAGCAGUCUGCCAGCUGGCAGCUGCUGCUCAGCUCAUCCUUGGAGUCCAUAGGCAUUGAUGAAGCCAUGCUUAGGCUACGAUUAUUAACAUGGGACGUGAAGGACACAUUAAUCCGGCUCCGGCACCCAGUGGGAGAGAACUACUCUGCUGAAGCCCGAGUUCAUGGAAUCCAGGUGGAGCCAGAGGCUCUUAAUAAGUGUUUCCAUCAGGCCUACAAAAUCCAGAGCAAACACUUCCCUAACUAUGGCUUGAACAGGGGGCUCAGCUCUAAGCAGUGGUGGGUGGACGUUGUGAAACAAACUUUCAGACUCUCUGGUGUCCACGAAGACACAGUCCUUGCACCUAUUGCAGAAAAGCUCUAUCAAGACUUCUGCAUUGCAUGCAACUGGGAAGUGUUACCAGGUGCCACAGAGACUCUGAGGCAGUGCAGCCAGCAAGGCAUCCGCAUGGCUGUCAUUUCCAACUUUGACAAAAGGCUGGAGAAGAUUCUGUCCCAGUGUGACCUCAAGCACCAUUUUGAGUUUGUGUUGACCUCUGAGGAUGCUGGCUUUGCCAAACCUGACCAAAGGAUCUUUCUGAAAGCCCUCCGCAUUUCAGGGGUAGCUCCCCAGCUGGCAGCUCAUGUGGGGGAUGAUUACGUGAAGGAUUACAGGGCAGCCAGAGAAGUGGGCAUGCACAGCUUCCUACUCAAAAGAGCUGGGCAGGCCAACACGUGGGAGUCAGAUGUACCAGAGGAGCAUCUCUUGCCUUCACUACCCCACCUGCUAUCUGUUAUCAAAAAGGGUUAAGAGGGAGCCCCUGACUUCUCAGCAGAGCCCUCCAGUGGGAAAGCAGGUUGCAAACAGUCCUGGUAGGAAGAAUUGGGACCAAUUGUGCUGCUACAUGGAGGUGGAAGGCUGUGUGGCUUUAUUUUUCACCAGGUGAAUCAAUUACACUGUAGAUACUGUUUGGUGUCAUUUCCAUGCUGCAAAGAGGCACUAUCACCAUAUACAGCAAAACCCUAGGGACAGUCUUAAAAUAAAAUCCUUAUUGUGCUCAGUGUUUCUCAGCCACUUCCUUCCAUAGCUCUCCAAGGACUUUGCAGGAGUGGGUCAGCAUCACUACCCUCAUUUUCUAGAUGGGGAAACUGAGGCACAAGGGGUGUGUGAUAUUUAUGGUCACUCAGUAAAUUAGUGGCCAAGCUCAGAGCAGAACUCAAGUCUUCCAGCAUGCCAGUCUUGUGCCUUGCAAGUGCUCCUGCUCACAGGAGAUAGCCCAUGCCACUGGGAACAAGAGUCAUGUUUUCCUGCAGACCAAGCCAGAAAAAGAAAACCCUCCUCUCCAUCAGGCUCUUUCCCCCAUUAGGGCAAAGGGAUGGUACAUCUACCUGUGCAGUGUGGCUUGCUGCCCUGCCAAGGGGCCUCACCCACAGAGGAGACAAGUGGUGCUUCCAGCAGGGGCAAGUAUGGGUGGGGGCUGCAUACUGGCUGUGCUUAAUUCUAUGCAUCUUUGUCUGAGCUGACCAUAGCCCUUGUUCAGCUGGCACUGCUUUCCUGGGCUGCACUGACUCAGGAGGCUGCCAGUGGCCGUAGCA